AUGGAAACAGAACAAUCUUCCAGGAAUUCAAGUUCAUGUAGUUCUCCAAUCACUGAUACAAUUCUAAAUAUUGAUUCACCAAAGUAUGAUGUAUUCUUGAGUUUUAGAGGUGAGGACACUCGAAAGAACUUCAUGGGUCAUUUGAGAGUUUCUUUGUUUGCAAAAGGAAUAAAAAGCUUCAUAGAUGAUGAUCAAAUCGAAAGAGGUCGAUAUAUAUCUACACAACUACUCCAAGCCAUAGAAGAUUCAAAGUGUUCAAUCGUGAUUUUCUCACCAAACUAUGCUUCAUCCACAUGGUGUUUGGAUGAACUCGUCAAAAUCAUUGAUUGUAUGAAAACAAGAGGUCAAAUCGUAAUACCCAUCUUCUACAACAUCGAUCCAUCUGAUAUUCGCAAACAGACAGGGCGUUUCGGCGAGUCAUUUGCUGUUCACGAACAAAAUCUAAAGGAUGAGAUGGAAAGGAUUAAUGGCUGGAGGACUGCCUUAAAAGAAGUUACUGCUCUUGCUGGUUUGGAUAUACAAAACUACAGGUAUCCUUAAAUAUGCUUAAUUAAUAUUAACUGAUAUCCAUCAUAAUUCAUUUUUCCUUUAUUUUAACUUGUUUUAGAUAUACUAUCUCCAUGGCAAAAAGAAAAUCUUUGUUUGUUUUGGGAUUAUUUUUAUUUAUUCAUAGGAUUUAUUUUAAUUUUUUUUGUUUGACUUAAUUAUUUUCUGAUUUGAUUUGUUAUUUUAGGUGGUGUUUGGACGUUUGCUAAUAUUUUUUUUUUAUUUGAUUUUCUGUUUUUAAAUUAGAGAAAUGAAAUUAUUUUUAAAAAAACAUGCUCUUUAAAAUUAUUUUAAUUAAGAAUUAAAAUUUUAAAAAUUAAAAAACAAAUAACUUUUAAAAUUUAUUUAAGCAGUUUUUUCUUCUUAAUUAAUAUUUUAGACUCUCACCUGAACUCGAUUCGGAUCUCGACCUGAAUCCGAAUUGAAACCCUAACUUAGAUUCAACCCCGAAUUCAGAACUUGGACCCCAACCCCGAACUUGGACCUCAGACCCGUCUGCGGCCGAUCUUCACCCAGAUCUCAGACUUCGGGGCUAGACCCCGAAUUCAGAUCUGGAUCCGACUUAAAUAAAAUCAAAUAAUAAAAAUAAACUUUACAGAACAUACUUUUUUUUAAAAUUAAAAAAUAAAAAUAUUACUAAGUGAUAUAAUUACUUUUGUGAAAAAAAAAAAAAUAUAACUAUUUGCUAGCUGUUAUAUAUACAUAUAAUAUACUCUAUUUUUAUCUGAAAAUGAAGACUAUUUAUUAGAAAGAAGUUGAUAAAGAUUUUGGAAUUAGCAUAUUAAAGUAGAGGUACUUUCAAGUGAUAACUUUGAUGAAUUAUUAGUAGCAGUUAUUUUCUA